CAGAAGCAGACUCAACGCUCACACACGCACCGGCUCCAGCGCCCCCUCGACGCCCCGAGACUUGCAUUCGACGCUCACUCGCCAGCCCUUGCGCCUCUCCCUCAGCCCCUCCCGAACGUCGCUCCUCCAAAGAUGAGUCGUUUCCUGUGCCACAUGACCCUCCUGCUCCUGGCCGCCGUGGCACUCUCGGCCGCACAAGGUUUCUACUCCCAGCGAUAUGGCAAGCGAGGAGACAGCAACAGGGAGAUUACAGUACGUUCCGGAUUCUACGCCAAUCGUUACGGACGAUCCCCACCUCAUGACCUUCCCGAAAUUAAGGUCAGGUCAUCCAGAUUCAUCGGCGGUUCUCGCUACGGAAAGCGAUCUGGUCCUGCUGACGUCACUCCUAUCAUGACCUCUGAAGCCGACGAAGCAGAAAUGCCCGCCACUUUCCUGGUUGGAGAGUCUGUCGUGUGCCUGCUUAUCGACGUUCCUGACAUCUAUCGGUGUAUCAGGAAAUCCGUAUCUGAAGAAUCCACCAACUGAGGUUUCCUGAGACUCAAGAAGCGUCAGCCCUGAAGCCCGUCUUGGGACUCGCGCUUGAAAACGUCAGAGGAGGGAGAACUGUCUUACGAAGAACAUGCAGUAGAACAUUAUAAAAGAGCGCGCGAGACAUCUCUUUUUCUAUGAAAACGAGUCGAAAGUGCAAUAUGCCGAUCUCGAGUUGCCUAUGCUGAUUUAUUUUGUAUUUGAAAAUUACGUAAGGUAUUAGCUUAGACGAUGUACAGUAUAUGGUAAUAUAUAUUUCUUGCUUUGCGUUUUACGAGCUUAUGCCUCUAUUUGGUUUACCUUCGUAACAUUUUCUUUCAUAUGAACAUUUAGAUAAACAACUAGAUCGUUGCUUCCUGUGGACUAGCAUGAACGAAAGAACGUCGAUUGUGCUCUAAACAUCUCCAACUUUUAUCAAAUUAAACCAAAAUCUAAUCAAAUUUGCCAACCAAUCACAAAUCAGGAUAUCAUAGUUUCUGAUACUGACACCCUACCCUGUUUCUGAGCCCUGAAAGCGGAAGAAUGCACCGCGACAGUAUUUUGUUUUCGAUUCCAUUUCCCGUUUUCUUUCAACAGGAAUUGUCACGUUUUCUUUCAUGAGUUCUAUAAAUCCCAUGUGAACGGUAGUGGUCGACGGUCCUCCUCUUCACUUAUCAUUUAUCAAGAGACGUAUUUGAUUAAUUGAUAAGAAGACCAUUUGAAGAGCGUCAUUAGAAUUUCAAAUCAGAGAGAGAGAAAGAGAGAGAGAGAGAGAGAGAGAGAGAGAGAGAGAGAGAGAGAGAGAGAGAGAGUUACGAAUGCCCCAACGAGAAGCAUCGAGAUCUAACCUAGAGCGUUUCGCACAUGAAGAUUAUAAUCCCAUAUCCAAUAGGCUGGCCUUAUCCGCACCCAACUCGGAUCCUCCAUAUUGCAUUAGCUUAUAUGCACAUUAGAUGUUUCCGCUCUUUCCACCACGAGCUCCCCCAUACUCCCGUGUUCGUGUCGAGGUUAUACAGCGUGUGUUGAAAGGGCUACCGUUAUUCAUGAACAAUGUUACUCCAUUCUACUGCGAGGAGAGGAAGUUAAGUCACGUCAGUAGCGUUCUUGUUCAGAAGAAAAAGAAAAAAUAUAUAUGCAUUUGAUAUCUGCAACUGUCCCUUACUGUUGCUGCAAAUAAGUCACUGACUCCCUGUAUUAAUGCACAGUGUAAAGUUAUGCAUCAUUACUUUGCAAUAAAAUCAU